AUAAUACAUUAAUCACAGAAUCCAAAGUCAAGAUCUAUUUCGAAGUUCAGCCGAGGAAAUGGGGCUGUUCACGCUCACCGCCGCAGGCGGUGGCUUCAUCCUGAUCGGCGGUUCUGAAUUUCUCGGCUCGUUGAAUUUGACCCAGAAUUCUGACCCCUCUUCACCUCCCAACCAGACAAUCAAAACAGACCCAGUAACCUCUUCGUUGUCUUUCGUCUUCAUCUCGAUCUUUUCCUGUCUGGUCUUCUUCGACUCUCUGGUUUCGAUCUCUGACGCUUUCAGUUCGAAGGACGGGGUCGGGUCGACUUUGCAGUUACAAGUACUGGCUAUUUCUAUGCUUUUCUUUCUUUAUUCCCUCUUGGGUCUGUUCGGCGAUUUCAAGAAUUCGUUUUCUUUGCAUUCGUCGAUUCUGGAUUUGGUUCUGCUUUUUGCAUUUGUGGAAGAAUUCUUGUUGUUUUACUUGCAAAGGAAGGACCCCAGUGGGAUUGAGAAUCGGUAUUUUGAUCUGUUGCUUGUGCCCAUUUUGAUUUGUGUGGUUUCUACAGUGCUUGAGUUGAGAUCAAAGAAAUCGAAUUUCCCAAGAUUGAUUCGUGGGGUUGGGUUAAUUUUGCAUGGGACAUGGUUUGUCCAAAUGGGUUUAUCUUUCUACACUAGUAUGAUGGCUUAUGGAUGCUCUUUGCAUGAGAAAAGUAGAGCGAAUUAUACUGUGAAGUGUAAGGGACACUCUGAAUAUCACAGAGGAAGAGCAAUUGCUACUCUGCAGUUUAACUGCCAUCUUGCGUUGCUUGUGGUUUUUGUUGUUAGUUUGUAUUCAAUUAUGGUUAAAAGGAAUGGUCUUCGCCAGGAUUUCACGCAGUAUAGGCCUUUAGGUGAAGAAAUGCGGCAGAUGGAGAAUGUGGAGCAUUUCACUUUGGAAUCUGAUGAAGAUCUUGAUAAUGGAAUUAAAGAAGAAGAGGAUUUGGAAAAAGAGAAGGCGACUGACGUGGCACUGAAUGUCAAUGGCCAUGCUUCUUAUUAGUGAGGUAAAAUCUAGUUGCUUCUUUUGAAGUGAUUUUUUAGGUACUACAGUUAACUUACAAUGCCGUUAGAGGAACUGCUGAUUGCCUUUGUAUAAAUGAAAAAUGAGCUGUAGAUUUGCAUCUACUUCUAUGAGAUUCAUUUAUCUCAUGAGGUUAAAUAUAAAGAGAUAUGGAGACUUUUUGUUGUUGUUCUAUCUGAUAUUUCUGAAUGGAUUUUGUUGUUCCAGUUUAGUGGUGGCAUCCAUUGUUUUCUGGUUAUCAAAGUGUUUUAUGCAAUUAGAGUUCAUUUUGUUUGAAAAAUAGUUGAACCUUUUCUGAUUGUAUAACUCAAUUCAUUAAUAAUUUGUUAGGAUAGUUGGUAGUUUACAUGGGCAUUUUUACUUGGAUGAAUUUGCCUAGUGUGCCAACUCAACAAUGUGCUAAGAAUAAUAGCAAAAUGUACCA